AAUGCAUUGAUUGAAUUUGGUAAAGGUGAAGGUGCAAUCAAAGAGCUAACGGAACAAGAACUUUUCCGAGUAGUUAUUCCCACCCCUGAACUUCUUUCAAUUAAGACAAAGACCACAACAAAGGCAGCAACAAGGAAAGUUCCUAAUCAACCAGUUCUGAUCUGGGAUGACUUUCUUGCUAAUGCCUUUAAUGCAUCAACAACUCUUGACACAAGCAACCAUAUAUUUAGCAAGCCUGACAUCAAUGGUGCUUUAUAUGUUGAAGAUUCUGUUGUUGAUAUGUUUUUGAAUACAAUGGCUGCUAUUAACAAUAAAAGAUUAAUUCUUUUACACAGACCAGAAA